AUGAAUAUCAUUCCGAGGAUGCAACGGCGGUUAAACGUGUCCUCUGUCCCCCAUUAUUUUCCUUCAUCAUCACCAAACACAAACACCCCGCAUCUCCAACUGGCCCAAUCCGAUGAUAACCGAUGCUUUUCAGAUGUCAGUGGCUCUCAAGACAGUAGCUAUACAGCACCUAAAACGAUUCGCUAUCGCCUCAGCCAGUUAUGUCGAGAAGGAGAAAUCCAAACUGCCCGGCAACUGUUUGAUUCAAUUCCUCAACCAACCACUGUUCUUUGGAACUCCAUCAUCAUUGGGUAUAUAUGUAACAACCUCCACCGAGAAGCUCUUGCUUUGUAUGUGAAAAUGAAGAGCUUUCAUCAUAAAAGCGUGCCUGAUCCUUACACUUAUUCCUCUGUUCUUAAAGCUUGUGCUGAGACAAAUGAGCUGAAGCUAGGUAAAGCAGUGCAUUGCCACAUUUUAAGGUCAGGUAUACACCCUGGUAUAAUUGUUUAUAAUUCCCUUCUAAAUAUGUAUGCUAGUUGUCUUUGCUGGUUUGAUGCUCUUCCUAAAAUCGACUUGGUGAAAAUCAUGUUUAUGACCAUGCCGGAAAGAAAUGUGGUUGCAUGGAACAUAAUGAUUUCCUGGUGUUUGAAAACACAGACACCUACCGAAGCGCUUUUCCAUUUUGUUAUGAUGUUGAAAAUGGGCGUCAGACCAACUGGUAUUAGUUUUGUCAAUAUAUUUCCGGUUGCAACGGCAAUGUGGAGUGUUAAAAUUGCUGACGCACUAUAUGGUUCAGUUAUUAAAAUGGGAGCUGAGUUUGUAAAUGAUUUGUUCAUCGUGAGUUCAGCAAUUCAUAUGUAUGCCGACCUUGGUUGUGUUGUUGCUGCUCAAAGGAUUUUUGACAAUUGCUUGGAGAGAAAUAUAGAGGUUUGGAAUUCCAUGGUUUGUGGAUAUGUCCAAAAUUGCCAUACCAUUGAAGCGAUUCAUCUAUUCCUGAGAGCACUGGAUGCCCAGGAUGCUGUUUCACUUGAUACAGUGACUUUUGUUUCUGUAUUGACAGCAGCUUCUCAAUUGCAGCAUUUGAAUUUUGCUCAGCAGCUAUAUGCCUACUUGAUUAAGAGUUCUUGGGUAUCACAUACCAUUAUCCUUAAUGCAAUUGUAUCCAUGUACUCAAAAUGCAACUGUAUCACUGAAUCAUUUAAAGUUUUUAGCGCAAUGCCAGAAAGAGAUCUGGUUUCAUGGAAUACCAUGGUUUCUGCCCUAGUACAGAAUCAAAUGGUUGGUGAAUCUUUAAUGUUUUUACAGGAGAUGCAAAAUCAAGGACAUAUAGCUGAUGGUGUUACCAUCACUGCCAUACUUUCUGCAGCAUCAAAUCUAAGAGAUUGCGCUCUCGGAAAACAGGCCCAUGCAUAUAUUGUAAGGCAUCAUAUCGAGUUUGAGGGAAUGGAAACUGAUCUAAUCAAUAUGUAUGCCGAUUCUAGCCUGAUUAAAGCUGCAGAAACAAUCUUUAAUAUGCGCACCUUAAAUGAUAGAGAUCAAGCCAUGUGGAAUGCUAUGAUUUCUGGAUACACUCAUAAUGGGUUAGUCGAGGAAACUUUUGCUGCCUUUGAACAAAUGCUUCAGCAGAAUGUAACUCUGACUGCUGUGACAUUGGCAUCGGUACUUCCAGCAUGCAGUCAGUCAGGUUGCUUAAGUGUAGGUAAGGCAAUCCACGGAUUUGUAGUUCGAAGAUUCUUGGAUGCUAAUGUCUUUUUGUGCUCUGCGUUGGUGGACAUGUACUCAAAAUCAGGUUCCCUCUCUAAUGCAGAAAUGGUUUUCAGAAAGUCCCCUGAGAAAAAUUCUGUUACAUACACUAACAUGAUAUUUGGUUAUGGUCAACAUGGGAUGGGUGAGAAUGCUAUCAUGCUUUUUAACUCUUGGAAGGAAUGUGGAUACAGGCCUGAUAAAGUUACCUUAUUAGCCGCAUUAUCUGCCUGCAGUCACUCUGGAUUGGUUACUGAAGGUCUUCAAAUAUUUGAGUCAAUGAGGAGAGAUUAUGGGCUUGAACCUUCUCUCGAGCACUAUGCAUGUGUAGUGGACAUGUUAGGAAGAGUAGGCAGAGUAGAACAAGCAUACAUGUUAGUUAAAAGACUGGGUGACAAAUUUGAUGUUGUGGGUAUCUGGGGUUCAAUCCUUGCUGCUUGUGCAGUUCAUGGAAACUUUGAGUUGGGUAAAGUUGUUGCUGAUGAGUUACUCGGCUUGGCAGGAGGAGUAGGAAGAACAGGCUAUCAGGUUCUGCUUUCAAAUAUUUAUGCUGCUGAAGAGAACUGGGAACAUGUGGAUAGAGUGAGAAGACGCAUGAGGAGAAAAGGUCUCACGAAGGAGGUGGGGUGCAGUUGGAUUCACAUUUUUGGUGUUACACAAUGUUUUACUUCCAAAGACAGGGAGUUUACUAAGGGCAAUGAUGUAUAUGAAAUCUUGGAACAAUUGACUUCCAACAUGAAGGAUGCUGGUUAUAGGCCUUCUUUUGGAUUGCUCGAAGCCUUUGUGUUGGAGCGUGAGUGA